CUACUCGGUUGACAGGUGCUUUUUACGUUAAUACGAUUGCAGAAAAAAACGAACACAGGAAACAGUUGUGUGCCGAAUUUGAUAGUGCGUGAUGGGUUUGGGGUGUUUAAAGGCCGAGUUCGCGGCCUUUUUGGUCAUUUUUGGAAUAACGUUUCUUAAUGAAAUAAACGGGGAAUCACAAGCGGCAUGCAGGUUCCCAGGCGCUCCUGCGCACUCUUCCAUCGUAUUUUCAGAUGAAGAUUUAGGCCCGGGCAGCGUUGCCACGUACUCAUGUGAACGUGGAUUCGAACUGCUGGGUCCUUCGCGAAGGGUGUGUCAAAAUGGGUUAUGGAUGCCGGAGGGCAUACCUUUUUGCGUUCUCAACGUAGCAGCUGGCAAGGCUCCUAUGCAGGUCAGCACAGAUUCCGGAGGCAUACCCCAAAAAGCCAUAGACGGCAGCACGAGUGCUUUUUUCAGCAGCGAUACCUGUACGCUUACCAAAACUGAAAGGACACCAUGGUGGUACGUCAAUCUUUUAGAGCCUUACAUGGUGCAGUUGGUUAGGUUGGAUUUUGGAAAACAAUGUUGCGGAGCUAAGAAACCAGCAACGAUAGUCGUCAGAGUGGGUAAUAACAGACCUGACUUGGGUACCAAUCCAAUAUGUAACAGAUUCACCGGUUUCCUAGAGGAAGGCCAGCCUUUAUUCCUGCCGUGCAAUCCACCAAUGCCUGGGGCCUUUGUCAGCGUACACCUAGAAGCUCCAGCUCCAAGUCAGUUGUCAAUUUGUGAAGCAUUCGUCUACACCGAUCAGGCUUUACCUAUCGAAAGAUGUCCCCAAUUUAGAGAUCAACCUCCAGGCAGCACAGCCACCUACAACGGCAAAUGCUACAUAUUCUACAACAGACAACCCAUGAACUUCCGUGACGCCCUCGCUUUCUGCAGAUCCAGAGGUGGCACUCUGGUGGACGAAAGCAAUCCAGCGUUACAAGGCUUCGUGAGCUGGGAGUUGUGGAGAAGACAUCGAAGCGAUGCCAGCGGUCAGUACUGGAUGGGAGCUCUCAGGGAUGCCGAUACUCCCACAUGGAAAUGGUUAACUGGAGAAGACGUCACCGUAUCGUUCUGGAAUCUACCGGUCGGUAAUGGAGAAUGCUCUAGAUACGAUGGUACUAAAGGAUGGCUAUGGUCGGAUACCGAUUGCGCUAUGCAUCUGAAUUAUAUUUGUCAGCAUCAACCAAAAGCUUGCGGUCGGCCAGAACAACCUCCAAACUCCACCAUGGUAGCUCCGAAUUACAACGUGGGAUCAACAAUUGAAUACAGCUGCGACGAAGGUCAUCUACUUGUAGGUCCAACUAGCAGGGUCUGUUUGGAAACGGGAUUCUACAAUGAAUUUCCUCCAGUGUGUAAACGAAUUCAGUGCGGAUAUCCAGCCGAUAUAGCUAACGGAGAAUACAAUUUGGUAAACGACAGUGUCGGAUAUCUUUCGAGGGUGAUUUACACGUGCGACGAAGGAUAUGAAAUGAUUGGACGUGCUCAAUUAGCGUGCGAUAUUGACGAACGAUGGAACGGUCCACCGCCUCGAUGCGAAGCUCUACAGUGUGAAGCUCCGGCCGAAAUUGAUAACGGCAUCGUUGACAUUUCUAAUGGCUCCAAUUACGGGUCAACAGUCCAAUAUACCUGUAACUCUGGCUACAUUCUGAACGGACAAGAUACAAUAACUUGCUUGUCCAAUGGACAAUACGAUUAUCCUGUUCCGACAUGUGAUGCCGCUCCUACAACGUUGCAAAAUCCAGAACCGACGACCAGAACCAGCAGCAAACGACCGUCAUCUUCAGCGCCUUCGACUGUCAUUACAACUAUAACCACAACUCGGCAGAGAGAAAGAACCAGAGGUACUAGGCCACCACCAACUACUGUUAGAGGAAUAGAUAUUGUGAAGGCUACAAAUAGAACCAGAAGACCGAUGAUCAGGACCACGACGGAAGCCACCACUCCAUUGACGUCAUCGCUAUCGCCAUCUAUUAUCAUAGCAGGACAUCCUCAAGACAACGAAAUCGCGGGUAGUUCAAACGUCCAACAUGGCGAAACGCCAAACGUCAAUAUACCGCUGUCGAUUGAUGGAGAGAGAAAAGAGACGUUCGGAGCUAAAUUGAAUUUGGGUGCUAUAAUAGCAUUGGGCGCCUUCGGAGGAUUCAUCUUUCUAGCAGCUAUCAUUACGACUAUAGUGAUAUUAGUGAGGAGGAACCAAAGUGCCAAACAUUACCGACACCGUGCCUCACCCGAUUGCAACACAGUCGCCUCGUUCGACUCCUCCAGCUCAGAAUCCCGCAACGGAGGCCUCAAUCGCUACUACCGCCAAGCCUGGGAAAACUUGCACGAAUCUGCCGGCAGCAAAGCCGGUCUUAGAGCGGCCGCAGCAAACGCGGCGGCUAAUCACUCGAACCACUCGCCCCUGCGUCGCAAAGAGACUCUAGACGAGCCGUACCGCGUCGAGCGUCAUCGCGACGGUUCCGAGAUGGUCGUGUCGGAAGCGUACGGGCCGAAAGGUGCCGAGAAGAAGCGGCAUCACCAUCACCAUCACCACCAUGAGGGCAGGCCACACAAGGAGGGCAGGGAGUGGCGCGAAUCGAGGCCGCCGGGCCACAGAGAGCAUAAGAGGUAUUGACAACCUUGUAUGGUGAUCACAGUACAAUAUGACGAGUAGAUUUCCAUUUUUUAUUAAUUUUUCGACGUGGAACCUAUUUAACUGGAUUUAGAGGAAUUUAGUUCGAAUUGGAUCAUUAUAUGGUCACCAGUUUUUGAGCAGUUGAACAUUAUGAUAGAUAUGCGUGAUGAAUAACCAAAUAGUUGAUUAUACUGCUGUAAAUUGCUCGCCUACAAUUUAAACUGUGUUUAUUGCUUAGAAAUGACUCAAUUUUUACGUGGUUUGAAGCUGUAUCAAAAAUAUCAAGGCAGUUUGUAGAUGAGUGACAGGUAACACGGUGUUGGAAAAAUCAAACUUUCUUAGGGAAUGAUCUGCUUGUGUUAAAGUGGAUAAUGACUAGCGUCCGCAUAUUCGCUCCCUGUGUGACAGCAGCGCCAAUUCAUUUAGGUACUAAUGGACUAUUUCUGUGUAUACUGACAAUACAAUUUUUAAUAGAAUUCGUAAUUAAAAAGUAUAUAUGUUAGUUUUAAUAAAAGUUUAUGGAUUUGUAAAACAAGUAAAACAUUAAUUUUUUAUUAUUAUUAUAUAUUUUUAUCGCUUAAAUUAAAAAAAUUAAGUAAUCAUUAAAAAUCAAUAACAAAAUGUAGACAGGCAACAGUAUUUACGGGAAAAUGUAUGAGAAGAAUUAACCUAUUCUGUCAAAAUAAAAAAUAAUCAUUAAAUAAUAGCGUAAAGUUAAACAGAAGGAUUGUUAUUUAUAUUUUUAUUUUUGUUCGAUAGGAAACAUAGAAUGAAUGAUUAAAACUAAUUUCCUAUCAGUAAGUCACAAAAAUUCAUUCCAGCCACAUACAAUAAUCAAAGGCAGAAAUCUUGAACAUUUAAGAAUAGGUAAUUUUUGAAUUAAUUUCCACUUUGCUACUGAACAUUUUUAUAAUUUUCACUGUUUUUUUUGCUAACAUUUUUACAAUGUUCAACACAGCAACUCCGUUUGCUUAUUGUAUUGUUUUUACCGACUUAAAAAAAAAGUAAAAUGUAUACGUGUAUUUGAUAGUCCAAAAUUACAAAAUAUCGCCCUAAAAUGCCCGAAUUAUCUGCAGCUAGCGCUAGUAUCACUUUUGCUUCGACUACCAUGAGUUCGCACUGAGUGAAUACACAAAUAAGAAAUGAAAUACUAUCAAUGUUGCCAUCUAAGGUGGCAGGACUAGCAAGCCUUAUAUAUUAUUGUCCAAGUUAAAAUACUUAUUGACAAAUACAAUAUAAUAUUACAGCAUAAAUAAAUAAAGUUUUCAGUACGUAAUUUUUCGUUACAAAAAAAUAUUUAUUGAAUGCUUUGCUGAAAAUUCUUUGUGAUAAUCCUUCUUUUGUGUUAAUUUUUCAUGAAUUAGGAAUAUCUAAUGAAUUUUGCAAAGCGAUGUGACAACGUUACAUUUUAGAAUAACUCCGGGUUCAAAUAAAAAGAAAAACGGAGUAUACAGGGUAGCCCAAUAGUGUGUGGUGGUCCAAUAUCUCAGGUUGUUUUUGAAAAUACGAGGAAGAUAAAAUACAAAAGUUUUACGGUUCACAGAUACGCAUGCUGUAAAAAUAUUUGCCAAAAAGAAAAGCAAGAUCAAAAUAAUUUUUUUUAUAUCUAAAUUCAAUUGUUUUCAAGCUUUUGACAUUACAAAUGUACUUUUUCACACUUUGUCAAGCUGUAGCACCCAAACAAAGUUGGGAUAUAACGGUUUACAUGUUCCUCUCUUACUUUUUCAUACCCUAUCCAGACAUGUGAACUUUGGAUUAACUGAAUCUAAAAAAAAAUUAACUUCAGGUUCAAUCGAAAGUGGGGCAUUUUAUUGCAUAUUUGUUUGUAUACUCUAAUUUCAACCGUUUAGGUGCUACAGCUUGUUACAGGGUGAAAAAAUUAAUUUUUCAAAUGUCAAAAGCUUGAAAAUAAUUGAAUUUAGACAUAUGGUGUUUUAGACAAAAAUACUUAGUUUU